ACCUUGCAUCGACGUGACGUGAUCACUUAUACGUGUUAUUGUUUUGCUCUUAUAACUUAUAUAUUUUUAAAACUCGGUGGAAGUGACAAUGCCGCGUCCCUCGCGUGAAUCAUACGGUGAUCAAAAACCACCAUAUUCAUACAUCUCCUUGACGGCCAUGGCGAUCUGGAGCUCGCCGGAACGCAUGCUCCCGCUGUCGGAGAUCUAUCGGUUCAUCACGGACCGGUUCCCGUACUACCGGCGCAACACGCAGCGCUGGCAGAACUCGCUGCGGCACAACCUCUCCUUCAACGACUGCUUCGUGAAGGUGCCGCGCCGGCCGGACCGGCCCGGGAAGGGUGCCUAUUGGACUUUGCAUCCGCAGGCCUUCGAUAUGUUCGAGAAUGGCUCGCUGCUCAGAAGGCGCAAGCGAUUCAAGCUUCAGAAAGGAGAGAAAGACAAUUUGAAUGCAGAAUUGGCAGCCCUCGCUAGUUUUAAUAGAGCAUUCUUGGCACGUCAAGCUAGUGCACCUCCGCCGCCACCGAUGAUGCCCAGUGCCAGUUUAUACACACCCCCGAUGUGUCCUCAAUUAAGUCCUGAGCCAGCUGAAAUGCCAGAGAUGACAUCAAUAACAAUGUUGCCGAAGGAGAGACCUCGUCGGGCUUUCACAAUUGAUGCAUUAUUAGAGCCAGAACCACCGCGGUCAUCGCCGUCGCCUCCUCAACCAAUGAUGGUGCAGCCGACGCCGAGGCUAGGGUUGUCGAUGCCAUCGCCGUACAUGGUGGCGGCGCACAGAUACCACGCGGAGCUGCUGCAGGCGGCGGCACAUGCGCUGCGCCCCUGCUAUCUGCCGCCGCCGCCGCUGUCCGUCGCGUGACAUCCACGGCUGUUGAGUAGCUGCUCCAACCUAUCGUGCAAUGCUAGAUUGUAAGUACAGACAUUUAAAUGAUACACAGAUUAGUACAAGCAAAUGUUUUCGAAUAAUGUUCUAUUUAGCGAGCAGAAUCGUUAUAGUUAAAAAUUGUAGAGCUUGAAGAUGUUCACUCUAUCUGGAGUAGGUAGGUAUCUACAUUUUGGACUUAUUGAUAACAUUAUUUACAGGAUCAGCCAAUGUGAAAAUAUACAUAUUUCUUUUGUAUAUAGGUAUCUAUGUAUUUUGAGGCUUAAAUCCGGGCCAGGUAGAAAUGGCCAAUACUUAAUUCCAUAAAGUGAUUCAUCCUUCGUAGAAAGUGUGAUCAAAAUAUUUUAGCGAUCUCAAUUGUAGCUAUUUGCAGUAAUUAUUAAUUAAGGAUAAUGAGUGUAUAUUUAUAAAUCAAAUUAAGAUAAUGUCGAAAUAUUUCUUGCCCAAAAGUAAUUAGAUUAAAAGCAUAUUAUUUCUUUUUCACUAAGAUUUUUUCACCUGUUAAUUAAUCAAGUUCACAGUAUCUUUGUAAAUACAGAUUCCAAUUUAUAGUUCCAAUAAGUUUUAUGUUAGUAAAUGUUGUUGUACGUAUACUGUUAUUUAUUUUAGCUAAGUAAAAUUAUUUAAUUCUAUUGAUUAUUUUAUAAAAUUGACUAUCAAUUUGUAAAUAUCGUUUCAAAUUGUUAUAAUUAACGAGUAGCAAAAUAUAAUGAAAUAAUUCUUGU